AUGGCGGACCGCGGUAUUAUCCCCAUCCUGGUCACGAUGAUGCUCGUGACCGGAGUUUGCAACACCAUUCUCAACAAGUUCCAGGACAUGCAAUGUGUACGGAAUUGCGACUCUCCCAAUCCCAAAGAGCAUAAGCUCUUUGAGCAGCCCGUGAUUCAGACGGCUCAAAUGUUUAUCGGUGAAAUGGGCUGCUGGCUCGUUGUCGGAUUAUCCAUUCUCUAUCAGCGCUUCGUGGCACCCCGGCUCACCCGAGAGCCAUCCCCGCUGUUCGAGGGCGGGUAUCAGCCCGUGGGCGAGGAGGACGAAGACGAAGACCACACGCUGGACGAGGGUAACGGCCAUGCCCAUCGCAAACCCGCGCACGAACACGAUGAUCGCAUUAAGCUGCGUGGGUGGCGCAUUCUCCUGCUCGCUGCGCCGGCUUGCUGCGACAUCGCCGGAACUACCCUGAUGAACGUGGGCUUGCUCUUCGUCGCAGCUAGUAUCUACCAGAUGACGCGUGGAGCGCUCGUUCUCUUCGUCGGCCUCUUCAGUGUGCUUUUCCUCCGCCGCAAACUCUUCCUCUACCAGUGGAGUGCGCUCUUCAUUGUAGUUCUGGGCGUGGCUCUGGUUGGUCUUGCCGGCGCGCUGUUCAGCGGCGGUACCGGCCAUGAUAUCACCCAGGAUGAUGGUGUCGUGUAUGCGGAUGCAAGGACGCCUGAAGCGGUGCAGACUAUUAUUGGUGUGCUGUUGAUUGCGGCUGCUCAAAUCUUUACUGCUAGCCAGUUUGUCCUUGAGGAGUGGAUUCUUGAGAAUUACGCUAUGGACCCGCUGCAGGUUGUGGGUUGGGAGGGUAUCUUUGGGUUCUCGGUUACCGUGAUUAGUAUGGUGAUGCUUUAUUUGGCUGUUGGUAGUACCGAUGCCGGACGGUAUGGCUACUUUGAUAUGAAGGAGGGAUGGCACGAGGUCAGCACGAAUCGCGCAGUAGCGAUGUCGAGUAUCCUGAUCAUGAUCAGCAUUGGCGGCUUCAAUUUCUUCGGUCUAUCCGUCACCCGCACCGUGUCUGCCACCUCGCGCAGCACAAUCGACACUUGCCGCACCCUUUUCAUCUGGCUCGUCUCCCUAGGCCUUGGCUGGGAGUCAUUCAAGUGGCUCCAAGUCGUCGGCUUCGGACUGCUCGUGUACGGCACCUUCCUCUUCAACGAUAUCAUCCGCCCCCCUCUCAAGGCGUGCCUUCCCUCAAGCCGGAGAGAGGGCCAGGUGCUACUCCCCGAGGAACCCAUUGAGCACAUGUAG